GAAAAAACAUGGCCACCGAGUUUUAUCAAUGAAAUUUAGCGACAAAAUAAUGUCGAGAAAUACAAGGUAUUGUGUCCUGAGAAAUCAAAUCGAAAACGAAUCGGUUCUUGAUUCGCAUGCCAACUAUUUAGACGACAUUUGGGUAAUACGCCCUUUUGUAGAGAUCUCUCUCAUUUGAUCGUGUGAUGAUAUCUAACGCCAGCUCUCCCACACAUUGCCUCUCAAUCGUGCUCGAAUAUUUCUCAGUGUAUAUACAUAUAGACACACAUGUGUGUGCGUGUGUGUGUGUCAAAUCGUGUUUUUCAUUUAUCGGGUAAAAACAACGGCCAAAAAACAUGAAAACUGUAUUCAGCAUUCGUGGACAGAAAUAGCGCCACCCACCCAACAGAAAACAGAAAAAGUUUUGAAACUGAAUUUGCCUUACAGCGUAUUUGGUCGAUUGGCUUAAUUAUGGAUGAGCAAUCACCUGGGCGGGGAUUGCACAUGUUUGAGAAUUUCAUUUAAAAUAUCUAGUUUCUAUUGCAGUUCGCUGUCAUGGAAAAAUCGUGUCGCCCCAAACGCAAUCGUCGGCACAGCAGGUGAGUGGGGCAGCAAAACAAUAAAAGGAAAUUCUAUUGUCGCUAAUGUCCAAGAGUUGGUUUACAGACGCGCCUGGCCACCAGAGGAUGAUCUGCAUCUGACUCGCGCUACGAAGCGUCUGUUUACGCCCGACAUAAAACGAAUGCUGAAGGAUUGGCUUAUACGACGACGCGAGAACCCGUAUCCCAGCAGAGAGGAGAAGAAGCAGCUGGCCGGAGAGACGGGCUUGACGUAUACACAGAUCUGCAAUUGGUUUGCCAAUUGGCGGCGCAAGUUAAAAAACUCGGAGCGAGAGAAGGCCAAGAAGUCGUGGGGGCAUCUGAUCAAGAAUUACAAUCACAAUGCAAGAGGCAAUGUGGAACAGUUUAGCAUCUCGUCCGAGGACAGCAUUUGGGAGGAGGACAUGCGCGUGUGCGCAGCCGAAGACGAUGAGGAUGGUGAAGAUGACGACGAGCUGUCCAGUCGCAGCACGGCCAGCGAUGGCAUUGACAACAAUGCCUCCACCUGCUCGGCGCCAUAUAAGCCCAACUUUUAUGUGGAAUCCGAGCUGCUGCCGGACCAGGCGCAAGGUGAACGCGUGCCCAUGUUGCCCACCGUGCCGGCUGGCAAGGCCAAGUACAAGCAGCAGAUGAUGGAGAAGUAUCUGCGCGACAGCAAUGUACUGGAUGCCAGCAUGCCGGCGAACACAAGCGACAACAAUGGCACCCAGCUGAACAAGUGGCUGGAGAGCGCCGCCAGAUUCACGCCGGAUAGGCACAACUAUCACAUUGAGUGGAAUAUGAGCAGGCACAAAUGCGCCAGUCAGGAGCGGCCAGUGCAGAGCGAGGUGCUGUUCACCAGCGAUGCCACCGCUGCGGCACGUGGCGAGCGUUGGCUGCUCCAUCACAAGGACGAGCUGGAUGCUGCCGAAGCGCUUGCGAAUUUAGCCUUUAACUGCAGGCAGCGCUGGCAUCACAUGGCAACCACAAUUACCUCCUAGACGGGACGCCACUGACGCCAUCAUUCCAGGCCGUUGGAAGAGUGCAAUCUAGUUUUAAGCCGUAAUCUAUAGUAUGCAAGACAAAUGACAAUUA